AAGAAAAGACAAAAGAAGAAACAAACAAAAAAUAAAAAUGGCUGGAAGGAUCUUUCUCUUUUUCCUCUCCGUCGUUGUCACGGUGGUCAUCGCCGGAAAAGCUCCACCACCAACAUUUACCGAGACAGGCAAAGCCUUAGCAGAAAAACUCUGCGAGAAAUCCGAAGACAAAGCGUUUUGCAUUUCAAGCCUAACGUCACGUCCCGAGGCAGACACCGCAACUGCACCCAAAUUAGGCGUCAUAGCGUUAAGCGUCGCGUCUACAAACGCUUCCGACACGUCUUUGUACAUCAAAUCAAAACUGAAACAAAGAAACCUCGAGCCGGCGUUGGAAGACACGCUUGACGAUUGUUCUAAGAACUACUUAGACGCAGUCGCGCAGCUUGACGAUUCUCUCGCAGCUUUGCUCGCGAAUGCAUACAUUGACGUUGAUAUUUGGCUCAAUACGGCUAUUAGCGACGGAGAGGCUUGUGAAGACGCUUUGAGCGAACGUGCUGGUAAUGACGCUGAGCUUGCUCGUAGGAACACUAAUUUCUUGAAGCUUUGCAAAGAUGCUCUUCUCAUCAACACUAUUUUAACUCCAUAAAUUCAAAACUUGUUGCCGAUAAAUUUUUUAUAUUGGUUUGUUUUUUGUACUUUUUUCAUAACUGGCUUCAUUUAUGUGUUGGUUAAAUUAAAUGAACAAUGUUUGAAAUACUUGUAUUUGGUAAAUUUUGAAUGCACUUGUA